AUGAAUUAUUUAACAAUUUUAUAUUUAUUUUUAGUUGCUAUCAUCGGUAUUUUACUCAGUUUUUAUGUAAAUAAACUUUCAUCCAACAACAAUAACAACAACAACAAUGAUGAUAUCUCUAGCAACAAUAACAAUAACAACACCAACCCACAACAAAAUACACCAAUCCAUAAUACUGCUCCAAUAGAAAGACAACCACAACAACCACAACAACAAGAAGAACAAUCUCAACAACAAUCACAACCAAAACGCCCAACAUCAACUCCAGAUUAUAAAAAAUUAAUUCAAAAUCUCCACGAAUACGAAAAAAAACAACAAGAAGAACAAGAAGAAGUACCAGAAGAAGAACCAGAACAAUCACAAUCACAGCCACAGUCACAACCAAAACGUGCUGCUUCAACCCCAGAUUAUAAAAAACUAAUUCAAAAUCUUCAUGAAUACGAAAAACAACAACAUGAAGAACAAGAAGAAGAAUCACAACAACCACAACAAUUUCCAGAUUCAAGGGGUCAAGCCAACAGUUACCCAUCUUUUGAUACAGCUAACUCACGUUAUACUGCUGCUGUUGAUGUUCCACCAGCCACUGAGCCAAAACACCCACAACAAUUUCCAGGUUCAAGGGGUCAAGCCAACUGCUACCCAUCUUUUGAUACAACUCACUCUCGUUACACUGCCGCUGUUGAUGUUCCACCAACCACUGAACCACAACAACACCCACCACAAUUUCCAGAUUCAAGGGGUCAAGCUAAUAGUUACCCAUCAUUUGACACAACCCACUCACGUUAUACUGCUGCUGCUGAUGUUCCACAAACCUCUCAGCUACAACAACACCCACAACCAACAUAUUCAUCUUCAAGUGCUCGUAACUACCCAACAAUAAAUAGAGCACAUUCUCGUCAUAAUACCGCUUCCAAAUCAACUGCUGUCCCAACAUCUACCAGUAACACUCCAAUAAAGAAGAGAUCAUUGGAGCCCGAUGAUGAAGAAUAUUUAGGACAAAAUAUGGGAACCAAUAAAAAACAUAGAUUUGAAGAUGAAGAAGAAUUAAAAAGGGUCCAAGCAGAAAAAGAAGAAAUGGAAAGAUUGGAAAGGGAAAAAGAAGAAAUGGAAAAAUUAAAAAGAGAGCGUGAAGAAAAAGAAAGGUUAGAAAAAAUAGAAGAGGAACGUAAAAUAAAUGAACAAUUAGAAAAAGAAAGAUUGGAACAGGAACAAAAACAAAAAGAACAAGAAGAACAAGAAAAAAAAGAAGAAGAUAACAAAUGUUACAUUUGUUUUGAAGAUAUGGAGACCGAGAACAUUGCCACCAUAGAUUGUGGUCACAAAUUCUGUAUUGAAUGCAUAGAUACAUGGUAUAAAAUAAAAAAUACUUGCCCAUUCUGUAGAGAAAGAUUUAAUACCAUUAAAAGAGAUGGCCAUGAUACAAUCAUUGUAGAGAAUGUUGAAAAUAGAACCCAUGAACAACAUUUAGAUAAUCAGGUCUAUGAUGAUUCCGAUGGCUCUGAUGAUGACUCCCGUGUUGAAAUCGUUGAUCAUAGAGAGCUUAUUUAUCACAUUUUAUUGCGUCGUCGUUUUUUAGAUAAUAUCCACGACGCAAUAUUUGACGAAUAUUUUGAUAUUGAUUAA